ACUAGGUUGGGUACGGUGUCGAUUCCAUGUGUACAAAAAAUCACUAAAAAAUCUUCCUUGGAUCGAGGAUAUAACUUAUUAUGGAAGAGAUACUAACAUUCGAAGGCUGCAACUAUUUUAGGCAGAGGCUGGUUCUUGCUACUUUAAGUUCUAAAGCAGUGAGAAUCACUAAAUUACGAAAAGAUGAAGAAAAUCCUGGUCUUAGAGAGUUUGAGGCUGGUUUUAUUCGCCUCUUGGACAAACUAACUAAUGGGUCUAGGAUUGAAGUCAAUGAAACUGGCACUAGCAUGCUCUACCAACCUGGUCUGCUUAUGGGAGGCACUCUGGAACAUGACUGUAGCAAACAGAGGUCAAUAAGUUACUUUUUAGAGUCCUUACUCAUGUUAGCUCCCUUCUUGAAGAAACCGCUGCGUAUAACCCUAAGAGGAAUCACAAACGGACCUGAUGAUCCUUCGGUUGACUACUACAGACUGUGUGUCCUUCCACUGCUAAAACAGUUUAUACCCGACAACGAGCUAGAACUCAAGAUUCGUCGUAGAGGUAUGUGGCCUGAUGGAAAUGGGGAGGUGUUCUUCUCAUGUCCUAUUGUUAAACGGAUGAGACCUGUGUUCCUCAUGAAAACAGGAAGAGUACGCAGGGUGCGAGGUGUGGCGUAUUGUGUGCGAGUUAGUCCUUCAAUGGCCAACAGAAUGGUGGACUCCUCGAGAGCACUUCUCAAUAAAUACCUGCCUGAUGUAUACAUCUACACCGACAUCGUGAAGGGAGGAGAAGGAGGGAAGUCUCCUGGCUAUGGUAUAACUCUGAUUGCUGAAUCCACGACGAAAGUCAUGUAUGCAGGAGAAGCUCACUGGCUGGCUUCUGACAACAAACUAUCUGCUGUUUUACCUGAAGAGCUGGGUGCACAGGCAGUAUCUUCUCUCAUUGAAGAAAUAGUAAAGGGUGGAUGUGCAGACAGUGUUUGUCAGGUGAUUCCUUUGUUGUUCAUGGCUUUGGGGCAAAAAGACGUCUCUAAGAUUCAACUAGGAGAGCUUACUGAGUAUAGUACACAAUUUCUUCGGCACAUAAAAGAUUUCUUUCAGUUGGCAUACAAAGUGGAGGGCAAAGUGGAGGAGCUUGGAAUGGAAGAAAGUAAUGGUGACAGUGAGGACUGUGUGAGUAGGCAGAUUGUGUCACUUUCAUGUGUAGGGAUUGGGUUCUCUAACUUUAGCAAAGGCAUAUUGUAAUUCAUGCUUUGAACAUACAUUCUCUUGGAUUUUGAUCUUGUUCGCUGCUAUGUAUGUAGCUAUUAUUAUAGUACAUAUCAAAAUAAUGAUAAUUAGGUGUCAUUAAUAAAAAAAAAUUAUUUGAUAACAG